AUGCAAUUACUUGGCCCGAGACCGGAUGCGACAACCGAUUGGCUUGCGGGUUGCCCGUUGUGCAACACCAAGAACCACAAUUGGGAGCGGAAUGUCACGGAGGCGGCUGAAGGCCUUUGCAUAGGUACGAGAGACUGCUUUGGUGAGGCCGACGAGGCUGACAAGGCUAGGAAGCCAAGUGGAAGGCGCGAUGAAGCAGUUGUGUCAGAAAGGUCCGAAGCGCUCUGCAAGGCUCUUGACAUCAUCACCACCCUCCUUGGCGACAACGCGGGUCAGGAUAGAUUAGGGUCAGCGGUCGGGUUCGGGCUAUUAGAUGUAUGGCAUAUGAAUUGCACGGGUCAGGGCUCGGAGUUCGAUGUGAGUAUGGUUUGGGUUACCUUGUCCUUGGAAAUGGGAGGACUCCAACACGGCAAAGCAACUCUGCCAUCAAUAUGGACACUGACAAGGCCACCAGCGUAUCGGCCGCAUUGCGAUGAACACUGUGGGAGACAAAUCUCAGCGUUGUGGGAAGGCGAUGUCAGGUACGUAGUCAGUAUCCAACAUAACGCAUCCACUGACAACUUCACUCGAGGAAUCUUGCACGUCGCACACUUUGCAUGGAAUAUUGAGAAUGCAAUCCCGCCUGCGACCGUGGUCGCCCAACUAUACCCUACGACCGCUGUCGGCUCAUCACGCCAACAACCACACCCUACGUCCCGACUGGGCGUUGUACGAAUGCAGAGUCCGAGUACACUGCUUUGGUUAGUCGCGUCCUGCCUCACUGGAGUUGGAAUCGUACUGAAGAACCCACCCAUUGAAGACAUUCGAGGGCAUUCGAUGCCGUUGGGCGAGCUCUAA